UACUCACACUUGAAAAAAAAGAAAGAAAAAUCAUACUCUAUUUGGUUGCUUUUCCUUUUCAUCACAGUACUACGUUGGUAUGAAUACUUUUUGGUUGUGGUGGCAAAUGUGUGGUGAAAAAAAUGUUUCCAUUAAUGAUAAGAAAAAGAAGAAUGGUUCUUUGAAGUCCAUUUUCAUGCAUGCUGAUGUUCUUGAUUGGUUUUUCAUGGUUUUUGGUUUGAUUGGUGCCAUUGGUGAUGGACUAAUGACCCCUUUGCUUCUGCUUUUCUUAAGCAGACUUAUGAACUCUAUUGGUUCUAAUUCUGGCCCAUCAAAGAACUAUUUUGUCCGUAGCAUCAAUGAGAAUGCUGUUGUUUUGUUAUAUUUGGCAUGUGCCUCUUGUGUUGCUUGCUUCCUAGAGGGUUAUUGUUGGACAAGAACAGGUGAAAGACAAGCUGCAAGAAUGAGAGUUAGGUACUUAAAAGCAGUUCUAAGACAAGAAGUAGCAUACUUUGAUUUGCAUGUUACAAGCACAUCAGAAGUCAUCACAAGUGUCUCAAACGACAUCCUAGUAAUUCAAGAUGUUCUUAGUGAAAAGGUUCCGAAUUUUGUGAUGAAUACAUCUAUUUUCUUUGGAGGAUACAUAGUGGCAUUUGCAUUGUUAUGGAGAUUGGCAAUUGUUGGGUUCCCUUUUGUGGUACUACUUGUGAUUCCUGGUUUCAUGUAUGGAAGAACUAUGAUGGGAUUGGCUAGAAAAAUGAGAGAAGAGUACAAUAAAGCAGGUACAAUAGCAGAACAAGCAAUAUCUUCAAUUAGAACUGUUUAUUCCUUUGCAGGAGAAAGCAAAACCAUAGCUGCUUUCUCUAAUGCUUUGGAAGGAUCAGUGAAAUUGGGAUUGAAACAAGGCUUAGCUAAAGGCUUAGGCAUAGGAAGCAAUGGUCUUCUUUUUGCUGUAUGGUCUUUGAUGGCCUAUUAUGGUAGCAGAAUGGUCAUGUAUCAUGGUGCUAAAGGUGGUACUGUAUUUGCUGUUGGAUAUUCAAUAGCACUUGGUGGAUCGGCUUUAGGAGCUGGUCUAUCAAAUGUGAAGUACUUCUCAGAGGCAAGUGUUGCAGGAGAAAGAAUAAUGGAAAUGAUAAAUAGAGUUCCAAAAAUAGAUUCUAAAAACAUGGAAGGUGAAAUUCUAGAGAAAGUGUCAGGGAAAGUUGAAUUCAACCAUGUUGAAUUUGUGUAUCCAUCAAGACCAGAAAGUGUGGUCCUAAAUGAUUUUUGUUUAAAGGUUCCAUCAGGGAAAACGGUUGCAUUAGUAGGAGGAAGUGGUUCAGGAAAAUCAACAGUUGUAUCACUUUUACAAAGAUUUUAUGAUCCAAUUGGUGGAGAGAUUCUUCUUGAUGGAGUUGCUAUUCAUAAGUUGCAACUUAAGUGGCUUAGGUCACAAAUGGGUUUAGUAAGUCAAGAACCUGCUUUGUUUGCAACAAGCAUUAAGGAGAAUAUACUUUUUGGAAGAGAGGAUGCUACAUAUGAAGAAAUUGUGGAUGCUGCUAAAGCUUCCAAUGCUCAUAAUUUCAUUUCAUUGUUGCCACAAGGAUAUGAUACUCAGGUUGGGGAGAGAGGAGUUCAAAUGUCUGGGGGGCAAAAGCAAAGGAUUUCCAUUGCAAGAGCUAUCAUAAAAAUGCCAAAAAUUCUUUUGCUAGAUGAAGCAACAAGUGCACUAGAUUCUGAAUCCGAAAGAGUUGUCCAAGAAGCUUUAGACAAAGCCACCGUUGGACGCACCACCAUCAUCAUCGCUCACCGCUUAUCCACCAUUCAAAAUGCAGACAUCAUUGCGGUUGUUCAAAAUGGUAUGAUCGCGGAAACAGGAUCUCAUGAAAGCCUCAUGCAAAAUGACAAUUCUCUUUACGCCUCCCUUGUUCGUCUCCAGCAAACAAAAAAGGACCAAACCGAUGACACCCCAUCUAUCAUGAAUAGAGAUCACAUGCAAAACAUGAGUGGUUGUAGACUCGUGAGUCCAUCUAACUCUUUCAACUCAACAACGCGAGGCAGUGAUGAUGUUUUUAAUUAUAACAAUGUCGUUGAAGAUGUUGUUACUAAAUUUGUAGUUGAUGAUGAUAAUAGUAAAAACAAGAAGGUUGAGGUUCCUUCCUUUCAAAGGUUGUUGGCAAUGAAUGGACCAGAGUGGAAGCAAACAUGCUUGGGCUGUAUAAAUGCGAUUUUAGUCGGUGCAAUUCAACCUGUGUUUUCAUUUGGAUUGGGGUCGGUUAUAUCGGUUUAUUUUUUGGAGAACCAUGAUGAGAUCAAGAAGCAAAUUAGGAUUUAUGCACUUUGUUUUCUAGGGUUGGCUGUUAUCUCAAUGGUUGUUAAUGUGCUUCAACAUUAUAGCUUUGCUUACAUGGGAGAGUACUUGACUAAGAGGAUUAGAGAAAAGAUGUUUUCUAAGAUACUCACAUUUGAAGUUGGUUGGUUUGAUGAAGAUCAAAAUUCUACAGGUUCUGUUUGCUCUAGACUUGCCAAAGAAGCCAAUGUGGUAAGAUCUUUGGUGGGUGAUAGAUUGUCUCUAGUGAUACAAACAAUUUCAGCAGUGGUAAUAGCAUUCACAAUGGGACUACUUAUUGCAUGGAGAUUAGCCAUUGUUAUGAUAGCAGUUCAACCAAUUAUCAUAUAUUGUUUCUACACAAGGUUUGUCCUUCUUAAGAAUAUGUCAAACAAAGCCGUCAAGGCCCAAGAUGAAUGUAGCAAAAUAGCUGCUGAAGCUGUUUCAAAUCUAAGAACCAUCAAUGCUUUUUCAUCUCAAGAAAUAAUUCUCAAAAUGCUUGAAAAAUCUCAACAAGGCCCAAGUCAUGAAAGUAUUAGACAAUCUUGGUAUGCUGGCAUUGGACUUGCAUGUGCACAAAGUAUCAAGUUAUGUAGUUAUGCUUUGAGCUUUUGGUAUGGUGGGAAACUUGUGUUGCAAGGUUAUAUCUCAGCCAAGGCGUUAUUUAAGACUUUUUUAAUUUUGGUAAGUACCGGAAAAGUUAUCGCUGAUGCUGGUAGCAUGACGAAUGAUCUUGCUAAAGGUUCUGAUGCCAUUGCGUCGGUUUUCACAAUCCUUGAUAGGUAUACGAAAAUCAAGCCUGAUGAAAUAGAAGGUCACAAAGCUAUAAAGUUAAUAGGAAAAAUUGAAUUUUGUGAUGUAUAUUUUGCAUAUCCGUCUAGACCUAAUGUGAUGAUUUUUCAAGGAUUUUCGAUUAAAUUUGAUGCUGGAAAAUCGACAGCUCUGGUAGGGAAAAGUGGUUCUGGGAAAUCAACGAUCAUAGGACUAAUUGAGAGGUUCUAUGAUCCACUUGAAGGGAUAGUGACAAUUGAUGGCAGAGACAUAAAAACUUAUAAUCUAAGGUCAUUAAGGAAACACAUUGCACUUGUGAGUCAAGAACCAACAUUGUUUGGUGGUACCAUAAAAGAAAAUAUUGCAUAUGGAUCAUAUGGUGAUCAGGUUGAUGAGAGUGAAAUUAUAGAGGCAUCAAAGGCUGCAAAUGCUCAUGAUUUCAUAUCAAGCUUAAAAGAUGGAUAUGACACAUUGUGUGGUGACAGAGGAGUUCAACUUAGUGGUGGUCAAAAACAAAGAAUUGCAAUAGCUAGAGCUAUAUUAAAGAAUCCAGAUGUGUUGCUUUUGGAUGAAGCAACAAGUGCACUUGAUAGUCAAUCUGAGAAAUUAGUCCAAGACACUUUAGAAAAGGUCAUGGUUGGAAGGACAAGCGUGGUUGUAGCACAUAGGUUGAGUACUAUCCAAAACUGUGAUUUGAUUGCUGUUUUGGAUAAGGGAAGUGUUGUUGAGAAUGGAACACAUUCAUCCUUGUUGUCUAAAGGGCCAAGUGGAGCAUAUUACUCUUUGAUAAGUCUACAAAAAAGACCAACCAACAUAAUUGUUGAUUCUCCACAUGAAAUUAAAUAAAUAAACAAUAUCUUGUUUUUAAUGUUUGAAGGGAGAAGUAACAAAGAUGAGUUGGUGAAAUUGAAAAGAAAAUUGAGAAGAAGUUCAGAGAAAUUGGUUUCACCUUAGCUUCCAAAAAAUCAUUUCUACAAUCAUCAAAAUUGUAGGUUUUUCUAACAUAACACAAUUUAUAUGCUAAUUACUAUAUG